ACCGAGUUGUGGCAGAAACAACCCAGCGAGCAAGCAACCGACCGAAUGGGCGAGCGAACGACCGAUUGUAUGCGAGAACGGCGCGCGACUCACUUGAGCCACCAACCAACAGGCCAAUAGCCCAUGAGCCGAACUAGUGUUGAGCAAGAGCGUCGCUAAAGCUUACACCAAUGCAUGUACAAACAUCCAUACAUCUGGAGAGCGGCGGUGGCUGCGGAGAGACUUUUUGGAGCUGCAUGAAGCUGGAUUGGGGAUGGUUGGGGAGAGCGACUUUGCUCUUGGUGUUGCGCCAACAGCGCGAGGCAUAUUGCCGUUUUUUUCGUUGCAUGCUCAGCAUUCGCGUUCGGCAUUCUUUCGAGUUGGUAGCAACUUUUUGCUGCUGUCGCCGCCAAUAACACUUGCCGCACUCACAGCACUGUAAUUGAAGCGACGAAAAGGUGAACCAAAAUAGAGGAACACAACAAACCCAAAAACAAAAAAAUAAAUAAAAAAUCAAGACAGAAGCACAAUAGUAGGCCGAUCGAGACAGAACAUUUAUGCUGCAAGCAAGCACGGCAACGGCAUUGCAAUUUUCGGUGAAUGAGUGAAAAUGCGCGCGCGCGCGAUUUUCGCAACUUUUUCGGCAAGCAAAUCAAGUUGCAGCCAACAAAGUGCGAGCUGACGUUGAAGCUGCACAAUCGAUCGUCUUGGUCCGGCUUUGCGGCCAUUAUGCGCGUAUCUACGUAUGUUGCAUGCUAGACGGUUAAAGAAACGCUUGCUCGAGACGCGGCAGCGGCAGCCAAGGCAGAAGAACACGAGAAGUGGUGCAAGCCGUUUGGUCGAAUGCGAGUGCGUGUUAUUUUUGAGUGCGAAAACGCAUAAGAAUUGCAGCUUGCAACGGUGUUGCAAUAACGUUUAGGCCGCCAAACGCGCGACAUUGAAACCGAAGCGCGAUAUUGCAUGUGCAGAAAAGCAAAACGAAAACGAAAAAAAAUAAAAAUAAAAAUAAAAACACGAAACAUACUGAAGUGACGAAAAAAGUGGCAAUACGAAACCAGAUGCAAAGUGAAAAAAGCGGAAAAGUGAAUAAGUUGAAAAAGUGUUCCGGCGUUUUUGCAUUUAAUUGCGAGUUUUCGUUUUCUUCACUCAUCGCAUUCUUGUUGCAAGUCAGUUUGCAGCGACAACAUAAGAAAAUUGAUGAUAAAGUGCAUUGCAAGAAGUGAAGUGCAACAUUUUUUUUAAAAGAAAAACCCGUAUUACAUACAUACAUAUGUGUACAUAUGUAAAGGUAUUUAAUUAAAUCACCUUGAAGUACACAUUGCAAUGCCAACGAAGUGUCGCUUGCAACAUUGUGUUACAGAAAUCGUCGUAAAAUUGUGUAAAAGUGAUAAAGUGAGCACAAGAAUAAAGAGCCUCUUUUUGAAAAAAAGAUUUUAAAACUAAUUGUGACUAAAAAUAACAAGUAAUACAUAGGAAAUAAUUAAUGUAAUAAAAGUCAGCGAUAGUUUCAAGUGUUAUUUCGUGGAAGCUCAUCAAACAAAACCGACCAUGAAAGUUUAAGCGAAGUUGGCAUAUGAAAAUAAUAAAUGAAAGCUCGUACUACUUGCAUUACAAUAGAGUAGAAUUACUCGCAUAUCUAUGAAAGGUGAUUUCAACUCUAGAAAUUCCAAUAGUGCAAAGUAAUAAGCAACAAUAAGAUUCUACAAAAAAAAAAAAUCUAAGAAAAGUGAAAAGUGUGUAAACAUUAUAAAAAUCCACUAAUCUUCCACAAAAUAUCGAGUGUGUGUGUGUGAAAUUUAAGUGAAAUUGCGAAAUCAUCGUUCACUGCGUUUAGAUGAUUAUGCAUGGUACCUGGUACAAGGGACCACAAUUGGCUCAUCGCACACAUACCCACAGCGAUUACCAUCGGGAGUAUACACCAACUCAUCAUCAACCCCACCAUCUUCAUCCACACCAUCCCCAUCAUCAUCAGGCACCGCCACCUCCACCACCAUCGUCGCAUUUACACUCGCAUUCUCAUCAUCCGCAUCCAUAUCGUUCGUAUCCUUCGUUUGUGGUUGCACCGUAUCAUGAGUCGCCGCCUACCGCUGUACCGACACCCGCAUCCACACCAAUACCAACGCAUACACCAGCAACAACGUGUUUGAACGGUGUACCGGCACCAAUACUGGUGGAAGGCUCCUUUGCCGCCGCUACUGUGCCCAAUUCAGCCGUCGGCAUCAAUCAAUUGGCGUCGGUGUUGAGUCCAACAAUUAAAAUUGAACAACCUUUUGGUGAAUCGCUAUCGGUGGACGAGUAUGCGCUGAAUUUGGAUUGCAACAUCGAUAACACUUUUCGGAAGCCCAACAAUUAUUCGUGGCCCCUGGCAGCUGUCACGCCACCGAGCACAAUAGGCGCGCAAGCAAAUACAAUAGCUCCAACCAGCAGUAGUUCUUCACAUCAUAUUACUCUGCUACCGUCUUCCGGUUCGGGCACACCGACACCUCCCGUCGGCGGAUUAGAUUUACAUGCCGCGGUCACCGCUGAAGCCACACACAAUUUCGAGAGCGCGCUAAAGUCACCCGCCCAACAACAACAACAGUCGUCCCCAACACAGCAACAGCGUAACUCCGCGUCUGCAGGCCACCUGAGCAAUUCGCAACAACAACAGCAUCAAAGUUUGCAUUCGGCCGCUUCGACACCCAAUUCGCCUACCGCGGUCAGUGCUGCAUCGGAAGCAGCAGCAGCAAGUGCGGCCGCAGCCGUUGCUGCCACCAUGCCGAUUGGCGGGGUUCAGGGGCAAAACCCCACACAGGGUUUAGUGCAUUGGAUGAGUGCCGUUAUGGCCGAACAUAUGACCGGACAAACGCAUCACGAUCCGACAGGCGUUGGCAUGCAUUACAUGUGGAAUGGUAAUGUCGAUUGUGGACAACAUAGUAAGGAAAUUGCCGAUUAUAACGGAUGGCCAUCAGCGGCCGCAACUCGCAGUCACAUGUCAGCCAUCAAGCAAGGAUAUGAGGCCAAAAUGAACGACCAUCAUAACAAUUUGCAAAAAGGUCACUUUCUAGAUGAUAGUCGCCUCGUGGAACAUCACAGUGCGGUCACGCCGCAGAGUAAUCACAACAGUGGCAUGGCGUCUGCCGCAUCUAUUUAUGGGCCUAGCGCUCCAUUGCGAACCGUUGCCACCUCGAAUAGUAGUUCACCUGCUGGUGGAGGAGGAGGCAAUGUUGGUGGCGGUAGUUUGGUAACUGCUGCUGGUAGUUUAGGUCUAAUCGGCGUCAGCAACGGCAGUAGUGGUGUCGGUGCUGGCGGGCUUGCUGGUCUUGGCGGUGCCAGUAUUGGCGGCAUAGCGCACCAUGCGCCGACAGCGUCUAAUCACAUGACGCAUCAUCACGGUGCAUCUACAGCCGCCUUACUGGUUGUACCACAACCGAUUAAUGCGAGCAAAAUGAAUGUCACACUGGGAGGCGGUGGCAGCGGUACAGGCAGAAAGUAUCAGUGCAAAAUGUGUCCACAGAUUUUCAGCUCGAAAGCGGACCUCCAGCUGCACACACAAAUUCACAUGCGCGAAGCUAAACCGUACAAGUGCACGCAGUGCUCCAAGGCGUUCGCAAACUCUUCCUACCUGUCGCAACACACACGCAUCCACCUGGGCAUCAAGCCGUACCGCUGUGAGAUUUGCCAACGCAAAUUCACUCAACUAUCCCAUCUGCAGCAACACAUCCGCACCCACACCGGCGACAAGCCCUACAAGUGCCGACAUCCCGGCUGCCAGAAAGCUUUCUCACAAUUGUCCAAUCUGCAGUCGCACUCGCGUUGCCACCAAACGGACAAACCCUUCAAAUGUAAUUCCUGCUAUAAGUGUUUCUCGGAUGAGCCCUCACUGCUCGAUCAUAUACCCAAGCACAAGGAGUCUAAGCACCUGAAGACACACAUUUGCCAGUAUUGCGGGAAAUCGUACACACAAGAGACAUAUCUCACCAAGCAUAUGCAGAAACAUGCCGAGCGCACGGACAAACGACCGCCGAUUGCCGCUUUAACAGCGAGUGCUAAUGCCACCGGUGCUGGCGCGAGCCUAGGCGGAAGUGCUAACAGUGCGACUGGCGGCAAUGUGAACAGUGGCAAUAUGGCAGGUGGCACUGCGGGCGGUACGAGUGGUGGUGGUGGUGUGAACGGUGCGAGUGCGAGUAGCUUAUCAAAUUCGAAUCCACACAAUCGUCAGACGCUCGGUUUGCCGCCGGUGUCGAUAGCACCCACCGAGCAUUCCUAUUGGCCUAAGGUCAGUCCAGAUUCCGCCGCUAACAUGACAGAUGUCAUGCAUCAACAGCAACAGCAACAACACCAACAGCAGCAGCAGCAGCAGCAGCAGCACAACCACCACCAUCAACAACAACAGCAACACGGCGGUCAGCAACACCAUCAUCAACAGCCACCACAACAGCACAUGGACUUUUCGAAUGUUAAUUCUGGUGGUGGCAGUAGCGCUGGCGGUGGCGGCGGCGGAACCGGUGUCUCUGGUGGACCACCAAACGGACACGGUGAACUGCAAGCGCAUCACCGUAUGAGUGACAAUGGCCGGGAAGAUAUCGUGUCUACACCAUCCACUGUUGGACCAUACGAUGCGGCGAGUAUCACGAAGACCACUAGCAAUUCAGCAUUCACGCCAAUCAAUUCAAUGCCGCCACACUUGAACACACUUAGCCACCAUCCCAUGACGCAGCGGCCGUAUCUCUAUGAUGCUAUCAGCUUCCAGAAUAAAAAUGUCAAUCAAAAUAAUACGAAUUCAUUUCCCAAUCAACUGAUAUCGCUACACCAAAUUAGAAACUAUGCGCACCAACCGGCCGGUCUAAUGGCAGGCGAACACUUACUCGGCGUUAGUGUUGGACCCGGUAAAGAUAAAGGAUAACUAUAUUUUUAAGUGCGAAAGCACGAACGAUGGGGAGACGAUUACUUGGAUGUACUUGAUGAAUAUGUCGAAUAAGACCUACUUUAUUUGGGACGAGCAUUUUGGUGGUGCAUUUGGAAUAUUAUUAUUUUUAAACUAAAAGUCUGGUCCUUCAAUUAAAAAAAAAAAACGAAAAAUAAAAGUGAAAAAAAAAUGGUUAGAAAACGAAAUGAAGAAAUUAGCAUAUACACGCGUAGAUUUUGAAUGCUGCAAAGGAAUGGACUUACAAAGGGCUUGGCUGUGGCAGGAAAGGAAUUGUGUAACAAAAGCAUGUUUUUGUUUAAUUCGUAAAAAAAUUUGGUUUCUUCAGUAUGAAUGUAGUUUGUUUGCGGGAUAGAAUAGAUUCUUAACUUUCAAUUUCCGUCCAUAAUAUGUUUUGAAAGCAGCCAAUUCGCGUAGAGCCCACCAAAUACAUUUCAUAACUAUAAAGAGGACUUACGACUUACAUAAUUGGUUUUGGAAGUACAACCAUAAAAAUCUAUGACAGAAUAAAUCUAUACAUAUAUAUACAUAUAGGAAACUUUAUGGGUGCAGUCGGUUUAAAUUUAGAGAGCUAAAACUUUUCUCUACUAUAUAUACAUAAUUCGUCAGACGAUUCAGUACCUUAAAUUGUCUUGAGGCAUCGGAUUAACUAGAAGCAGUUUUCAAUGUAACUUCACCGACUUCUUUUGAAACUUUUGCAAUUUCCCAUAUUACUUGCAUUCUUGAAAUGGAUUUUAAACUACCGAACAUUUUAUACUCUCGCAAUUUAUUGAUUUGAAAUUGAAAAUCCUAUAAUUAGAUAUAUGAGAGCUAGGGGAAGUUAUGACCCGAUUUUAACCAUUUUUGGUAUAGAGACAGACUAUUAGAAAUUAAAAUAUUUGAGAGAUUUACCGAAAUUUUCGGUGAAAAUUUACCAUGGGGCACUGAAUUCUUCAUAUUCGAGGCCUUCAAAAGUUAUAGUCCGAUUUCGACAAAUUCCGAUUUUCACAAGUGACGCCACAGAUCAUAUACAGUAUUUCUGUAAAGUUUUAUUUCGCUAUCUUCAUUGGUUCCUUAUGUAUAUAUUAUAAAGUAAAGGAUUAAGAUAAAGUUCAAAAUUGAGUUACAUGGGAAGUUGUCGUGAUUGUGAACCGAUUUUUACCGAAUUUUAUUCGAAUUUGUAGAGCAGUUCCUGAGAUAUAGUUUUUGACCCAUAAGUGGGCGAUGCCACGCCCAUUUUCAGUUUUGUAAAAAAAUCUGAGUGCGGCUUCCUGCUGCAAUUUCUUCUGUAAAAUUUAGUGUUUCUGACGUUUUUCGUUAGUGAGAUAAUCCACUUUUAGUUAUUUUCAACAUAACCUUUGUAUGAGAGGUAGGCGUGGUUAUUAUACGAUUUCAACUAUUUUCAUGGUGUAUGAUGGGGUACGUAAGAGAACCGACUGCAGAGAGUUUGGUUUAUAUAGCUUCAUUGAUUUGCGAGAUAUUUGCAAAUAACCGAUUCGGGGGUGGGGCCACGCCCACUUCCCCAAAAAAAUUACAUCCAAAUAUGCCCCUUCCUAGUGUGAUCCUUUGUUCCAAAUUUUACUUAUAUAAACUUCGAAAGCAACCCUCUCACGGUCCCAAGGAACAUGUGUGCCAAGUUUCGUCAAGAUAUCUCAAUUUUUUACUCAAGUUAUCCGUUGCACGGAUGGACAGACAGACAGAUAUUCGGAUUUGGACUCGUCUCGUCAUCCUGAUCAUUUUGAUAUAUAUAACCCUAUAUCUAACUCGUUUAGUUUUAUGACUUCCAAACAACCGUUAUGUGAACUGAACUAUAAUACCCUCUUAGCAACUUUUGUUGCGAGAGUAUAAUGAUUAUUUUGAUUUGGCUAUCGGGCAAAACAGGUUUGAUGAUGACUUACAGUUUCAAAUAUUUGUGGAAACGGAGUGUGGUUGCCAUCUCUUUCAGAAUUUUAUAUCCAUAAAAUGAAUAAAAUAAAGUAAUUAUUGCAAUCUGGUGGCUUGAUGACUACGUUGAAGAGACUUGCGGUUACAAUUUUUUUCGAGAAAGUUUGCUUUUGCACAUAUUUUUUUAUUGAGUGCAUAAGGCAGAAAUCUUCAUAAAGAUUUCCACCAACAUUUAUAAAGUUACGCAUUUCAUUUGCAUUGUUAGGAAUUUCUCGUAAAAAGACUGAACAAAUGAACUAGUGUAAAACAAAGAUGACGAUUAUCAAGAAAAUAUUAGUUUCUGCCUACAUGCAAGAUCGUUAAUGAAACAAGCAGAUCCGACUAUCUAGGUAAUGCUAUAAAGAGAGAGAAUGAGAACCAUGAGAUCAGGUACCAUAAGUAACUAACGCACUGGUGUUAAACAGUUCCACUGGCGCUCACCAGCAACCUACUAACUAAUUCAAUUGAUUAAUUAACUAAUUAAUAAUGUAACACUACACAAGUUGAAGUAAGAAACACACGGACAGCAGAGCAUAAAAUCAACACAUUUAAAAAUAGUGAAUUUUUUCAAAUGAAUGUAAGUACAGUAGUUUAAGUAAGAAGCAGGUGAGAAAUGAUAUCGUUACUUGUAAUUCCUUAUUGAUUUUGGUAUAUGUGUGUGUGUAAAUUGAUUUAAGCGCAUUUAUGUAAAAAUCUUAGUAACUAAUGGGUUCAAAUACAUAAAUACCACAACACAUUCGAAUGUUUAACUGUAAUUUAGUUAAGUGUAACUGUAAACUAAAUAUUGGUAAACUACAAUUAAUACGAAACGAAAAAGCCGUCACAGUGAGAGUAAAGUAUGCAGUAAAUAUGUAUUGGCGUUGUCAGACAUACAUACAUACAUAUGUAUGCAUGUAUGUGCAGACGAGAAUCACUUCAACUGUAUUUUAGAUAAUGAAAAGAGUAAAUUGAAAUGAAAUAUUUGUAAAAAUAACAAUACAAACAUACUUACAUAGAUAAUAUAAAAAAUUAAACUAAAUUACAAUAACUGUUAAUGCAUAUUUAAAUACAACUAAGAAACUUAUAUUAAUUGAUUAUAAAUCAGCAUUUUUUAAUAUUACAUAUAUAUUUAUAAUAAGCACACGAGUGUUGCAUACUU